CCUAUAUAUAUAAUCCGACCGUGGCCCCCAGCAGCAGCCUUAGAAGUUUAUUGUUGCAUCCACACCGAGGCCGUCUAUGUUCUUUGACACUGGGAGUAUCAUAUGAUAUCUCCUGCGAGGUCCUAUUCUUCUUUGAACGAUAUCCUUCACACUGUCUACAAGUCCCCAACUCGGAAUAUAAGUGAAAUAGGAGUACAUAAAUCGUGUUGCAAUAUCAUGUCUAGCAAUAUGAAGACCGAAGACAGUGGCAGCUCUGUCCCUCCAACUCAUGCUCAGCCUCCCAGGCCGCAGGGUUUUUCAUGGAGAGGUUUUGCAGUGACACUUGUGAUUAACUAUUUGACUCUCAUGGUCACCAUCUAUGUUCGAGACUCCUUCUUCAAGUCCGACAAUUUUUACCUUCAGUGUGGGAUUUAUGCAUCGUUUUUUACGUUAUUUAAUUUUCUGUACCGGAAGCUCCAAUAUCGUCUUCGCGAAUAAGUGAAAGUGGAAUUAAGGAUGAGACUUGACGCCUAGCAUGAGCUAUUAUGAUCGCAGUAGGCAUACGUAUUGAGCUAUGAGUGCUGCAUUAUCAAAUCUUCCCUGUUGGUCAGCAUGUAGUCUUGAACAAUAGCCCCAAGGCUAGCGAUUGUUGCUUUAUAAAUACAUCAUGGACUG